GUGCGUGCGGCGGCGGCAGCGGCGGCCCGUCCCGUCCCGUCCCGUCCCGUCCCGUCCCGUCCCGUCCCGUCCCGUCCCAGCCCGGCCAUGGCCGUCCGCGCCAGCUUCGAGAACAACAACGAGCUGGGCUGCUUCGCCAAGCUUACCAACGCCUACUGCCUCGUGGCCAUCGGCGGCUCCGAGAACUUCUACAGCGUGUUCGAGGGGGAGCUGUUCGGGACCAUCCCGGUGGUGCACGCCUCCAUCGCCGGCUGCCGCAUCAUCGGCAGGAUGUGUGUGGGAAACAGACACGGGCUGCUGGUGCCAAGCAGCACGACAGACCAGGAGCUGCAGCACAUCCGCAACAGCCUGCCCGACUCCGUGCGCAUCCAGCGAGUCGAGGAGCGGCUCUCGGCGCUGGGCAACGUCACCACCUGCAAUGACUACGUGGCUCUCGUUCACCCAGACCUGGACAGGGAGACAGAAGAGAUCUUGGCAGAUGUACUGAAGGUUGAGGUUUUCAGACAAACAGUAGCAGACCAGGUGCUGGUGGGAAGUUACUGUGUUUUCAGUAACCAGGGAGGAAUUGUGCACCCCAAAACGUCAAUCGAUGAUCAGGAUGAACUGUCUUCGUUGCUGCAGGUCCCACUUGUGGCUGGGACAGUGAACCGUGGCAGCGAGGUGAUUGCAGCAGGAAUGGUUGUGAAUGACUGGUGUGCCUUCUGUGGGCUGGACACAACCAGCACUGAGCUCUCCGUCAUCGAGAGUAUCUUCAGGCUGAAUGAAGCUCAGCCAAGUACCAUUGCUACCAACAUGAGAGACUCCUUGAUUGACAGCUUGACAUGAACACUGCUGGUUUCUGCUUCUCAGAAAGCUCCUAAGGAGUGAAGUGUUGAGCUGCACUUUGGAUCACAGACAUCUAGACCUUCUGAUGCUGUUUCUGCAGGCAUAGCCCAAGGAGGAUGCCACAAACCCAACUUUUUGUAGUGUUCUGUAAACUGUUAUUACAAAAACUGACAAAUAACAUCCCUCAGUUACAAAUAAGGAAUGCUUUCUAUCUCUUUGCUGACACUUGCCAGUUCUUCAGCUGUGCUUUCUUGUUUAGUGAUGCUAAGCCCCUCAAAUUAGCCCACAGUACUCUUGCAUGUUGUUAUCCAAUUGAAAUUCAAUAUCCAAUCUCUUGGGUAUUGAUCACUAGAGAUUAUUUUGCCUUAAGUAACACACCAGUGUUCUGCAGCACAGGGGUCUGUUUCACACCACCUGUGCACUGCCUUUUCUUUCCACACUCUUGCUAGAGAGUGGUGUUUCUGCUGUAGGUACUGAAGCCCCAUUGUAUGUCCAAUACUAAAAAUACAGAUGUUUACUUGCCAUGGAA